GAUGCCCGGAGCGGGCGUAUUUUGGAAACAAUACCGCGCGGUGCGCCGUGGCCUCCUCCCGCGCCAGCUCGCGCCCGCAGCAGCCAGUGCCCCAGCUCGCGCCACCGCCUCCUGCCGCAGCCCGCUGGAGUUUGCCCCCUCCUUCCCAAUCGAGUGUGGGCUCCAAGCCCCCCGAGUGCUCGUCACCCUGGACCCUGGCGCAGAGCCCUGGCAUCACGACUCGGAGGCUGAGACUCUGUCCUGGAGUCACCCAGGAGAGAUGGAGCCACCUCAGUGUGUGGAGGAGCUGGAAGAUGAUGUGUUCCAGUCAGAGGAUGGGGAGCCAGGGACACAACCUGGGAGCUUGCUCUCUGCUGACCCGUUUGCCCAGAGCCAGCUGGAUUGUCCCCUCAGCCGGCUUCAGCUCUUCCCUCUCACUCACUGCUGUGGUCCUGGGCUCCGGCCCAUAAGCCAGGAAGACAAGGCCACCCAGACCCUCAGCCCAGCCUCCCCAAGCCAGGGUGUUAUGCUGCCUUGUGGGGUGACAGAGGAACCCCAGAGACUCUUUUACGGCAAUGCUGGCUACAGGCUUCCUCUCCCUGCCAGUUUCCCCGCAGGCUUGCCCCUCGGGGAGCAGCCCCCUGAAGGACAGUGGCAACAUCGAGCAGAGGUACAGAUCGCCAGAAAGCUUCAGUGUAUUGCUGACCAGUUCCAUCGGCUGCACAUACAACAACACCAGCAGAACCGAGACCGUGCAUGGUGGCAGGUCUUCCUCUUCCUGCAAAACCUGGCCUUGAACAGAGAAGAAAACAGGGAAGGGGUGGGUCCCUGGUGAGGCUGGGCGGCCCUUGUUGGAUGGAGCACCAGGAAUGCAGUCUGGAACAGGACGGACAUCUGGGAGGACAGACACUGUCUUGUCGAGUUUUGUUAUUUUUAAUUUUUUUCCCUCUGUGUAUAUAUACCAUACCCCCGUGGGAUCUUCCUUCCUGCUCAGAACUUGCACUGGGAAUGGGGGCCUUUGUCAAACACUGUUGAAGGAGAGGCUGCUGUGGAGUUGCUAAGACUCUGACGAUGACCAGUUGGUGAUGUUCUCCAGGAAGUGGACUGAGGCUUUCCUGCUGGAACUGGUUAAGAAGUGGGAGGUCAGGUUAGACUCCCAGGAUCACCAAAUAUGUCAGCCUUCCCUCAUGCCUGAUGGAAACACGACUCUAACCCACCAGGACCUUGGCCAGGGCCUUCCUGGCUAAGAACAGCAAUGCCUUGGCUAGCCAGCCCUACAUCUGGGUUCCCACUUGGCAUAGCCGCUGCCCACCACAUGGGCUCAGGGAUUCUUAUUCAGACCCUGUCACCUCCAGAAGACCUCAGGGAGGGUUGGAUUACUCUAAGAACCUCUCAAAGGUGCCUCAAAAUGGAGUCAAGCUUGAUAGGCCUCAACUGUGACUUGGUCCCACAUGGAAACCCCUUGAUUGGUCCCAAGGUGCAAACUACUGCCACCUUUGCUGCCUAGGUGUCAACCGUGUGUGAGCCAGUCACCAUCGUGUUGUACCCAGCAGCCUGUGCCUUUGUCAGCUCUGUUUUCAAAAGACCCUGCCAACCACUGGACCGGAUUGGACUACACCCACCUCAGCAGAGAUGGGGUGGGUUGGAAGGGGGCGUGGGAAUGGGGCAGCCAUUCCACUGAUGAGUCAGUCCCAGGGGAUCCUAGGCCUCUUGGUUUCCUGGCAAACAUGUACCUCCUCCCCCUUACCCCCAUUCCUUUUUCAUACCUAGAGGGAUACAGGAAGAAGCUAGGACAAUGACUUUGUCAGCUGAAAAGUGACUUUUGAAGUAACAGACAGUGUUUAGAACAUGGAACCGCAGAGCUGGUUCCUUCAGCUUCCGGCUAACCUGGAAGGGAGAGUUCUUGAACCCAGAGGAAUCUCAGCUGCCUCUGAAGUCUUCCUUCUCUCCCUGCCUCAGCACUCAGGGAGGGGACUCAAAGCAGCUGACCUUAGUCACAGGGUGACUCCUAACCCGACACCUGGAAAUCACAUCGUAAUUUUUAUGUCUGUGAGGAAGACAUUGGUGCUAAGGAUGAAGCCCAGAGGAAAGAUGGCUUCCCCAGCAAAGACGACUCGGGUCCUUCAAGGGAUCUGGAGGAGGAGCUCAGAGGAGACUCAAAUUGAACAAGCCCAAUAGCUCUCAUUUCUGUGGGGGGAGGGUCUUCAGUCCUGUAGAAGAGCAACUGGCCUUCCUGGGUAUACAGUUGGGCAUGCUUUCUACUCACAAGGGUAUGUGAGGGAUCACGGAGGCUCUGCUCUCUAGGCUGUAUGUCCUCAUGUGGGGCUGGAUCUGCUCAGAGUUAGGGAUGCCUUUCCUAAUCUACACAAAGGUACUGUAUGCACUCGAGACGGUCCCAAGAAGGACCUUGAGAUACGUGUGUAAGCCUUUGUGUUCUGCUUAGAUGAUCUGGAGAUGUUACCUCUUCUUGGCCACAGUCAUUUUCUCAGGGUGUAUACCAUUGUCUGCUAAGAAGCUGGGUUCCUGUUUGCAAGAAGAAGGGACCUAAUUAAUGAAUUUGAAGUCUGGUUCUGGUGCACACUAACCAUCAUGAAGACCUGUCUUCCUGUAGGCCUCCCAGGCAGGUUAGAUGUUCACGGGACAUAUGUGGUCUUCCGCUUUCCUGAAUCAAGGCUAUGACGGGAAGGCUUCUGGUAUGUGCUAUGGUACACGUGCACCCCCCCCCCCCCCAUACAGAACCAUGUACACCUGUCAUCUUUGAAACCUUUUAGCAGACUUUACAUCUGUGCUAGGGCACAGCUCUCCGCUUCGGAGACCUUGCCAGGCACAGGCUGGGUGCCCCAUGGUCUUUCCUGAGAACUGAGCCCAGAGAUUGACCUGAACAAUGAGUCUGGGCUCAGGUGGAAGCUGGUCAGAAUGCACUGUCUCCACUUUGGGCCUAGGCAGGCUCAAACUCACUAACUUGGGCAAGCCAGGGUGAAAUUGAAACCCUCUAUUAUCUUCCUUCAACCUGAGUCCAGGCUGGGGUUGGAGCUCUGUGAUAGAGUUCUCACCUAACAGUCAAAAGACCCUUGGAUGGAUCCCCAGGACUGUAAAAUAUAAAUAAACAAAAACACAGCCCCCCCCCCCCCAGCCCUAGGAGGUAGCUGGCAGCCCAGCCCAGGAGGCAUAGGUUCCCCCUGGCUGGUUGCUUUAAUUGGCCAGUGAUCUAUGCCUGGUGAAUUGGCUUUACAGUCUCCCAGCCAAGCUCCAGGACAUCCAGCCCCUCCCCUUUGCCUCUCUCCAACUCCAGGAGCCUAGCUGUCUCUGAGGAGUGGAGAUUCAGGGCUAGAGGGAGGGAAGUCUGACCUGUGUGAUGACCUGUAGCCAGCUGAAGGCUUUGUGGUGUGCUGAGGAUGGGGUGGGAGAGGGGCGGGAAAACUGUAUAGAAAUGCCCUAGAGGGGCAGAAGCCCAAUAUUCAGGGGCCGAACUGCUCUUCUAGUUCACAAUUCCCAACAGGCAUUUCUAGAAGCCGGUGAACAGAUCUGAAAAGGACUGUCCCCCAGUCCAGUUACUGGCUCCCCAGUGAGGCUGGGGCAGGGGGGUGGGGGCAGCCCACUGCCUGGCCCUGUCUCUGUUUCAAAGUCUGGCUGUGCUAUGCAGUUGUCCCCAGUGGCCUUGUCUUGCUCAAUCAGAGGUGGAAAAAGAUCACCUCCCGGUGACCUCCCUCAGGCCCCAAGGGAUGGGCUGUGUCCAGAGCUAUGUGGCAGAGCUUGUUUCCAGGGCCUAGAGAGGCCCAGCUGGCCAGCCCUGCAGCCCCAGCCACAAGCCCAAGCCCAGCCCUGAGCAUGGCGGGGAGUGGGUAUUUGAGACAAUCUAGCCAGGGCCCCUGUCUGUCCCAGGCUUUCCAGGAACUAGGCAGUGAAGUCACUGGCCGUCCCGUCAGGCCGUCCCAUCAGGGAGAACAGUGCUGUGACAGGAGCUUUCCCUUCGGGGGACUUGAUAGGGAGUCUGGUACAUGUGCGCGGAGUGGCCAAAGCCAUCAGUCCUCUGCAGGACUUGAGGAAUCAGUACUGUGGCCUCUGUCCUCCUGGUGGGGCAAACUGGCUCAAUGACAAUGAGGACCUUUGGAAACAGGCUGUCUUAGCCUGAUACCCUGGUGGGGCAGAGUGGACCCACGGGCGGUCAGUUUCCUGGGGUUCCUAUGAGCUGCAGGCCUGGGAGACAGAGCCUCAAGAGGACAGCAGAGCGAAGCUGGGCUCUUCCGUAUAUGCCUCGCCUUGGCCAAGGUGCUAGGAGGUGUGCAGCCCCAGGCUUGCACUGCCCCUCUUUCCACAGGCUUGCACUGCCCCUCUUUCCACAGGCUUGCACUGCCCCUCUUUCCACAGGCUUGCACUGCCCCUCUUUCCACAGGCUUGCACUGCCCCUCUUUCCACAGGCUUGCACUGCCCCUCUUUCCACAGGCUUGCACUGCCCCUCUUUCCACAGGCUGGCACUGCUCCUCUUUCCACAGGCUUGCACUGCCCCUCUUUCCACAGGCUGGCACUGCCCCUCUUUCCACAGGUGUCUCAUGGUCCACCCCAUCUCUGGUCCACAGGAACUGACGGGGGGACCCAGUGAGAUGUAGCAUUUCAUUCACCCCAGUUUGAGUGCCCUGGGGUCUGGGCAUUCUGCCUUAAGGAGAGAAAUGGGGACCAUUAUGUUUUACCCUGUACAUAAUAUUUGGCUUUUUUUUUCUCUUUACAUGUAUACAUGUGUAAAUAUCCUCUCCCUCAUCAACUGGUACAAUUUUUAAUAAAACCAUUUAAAGUAAA